AGCGGGGGUGGUCAUGUGACUCGCGGGGGCGGGGCUGCGCCGGCCGCUUCCCAGCCAGGCUGAAAGGGCUCGCGUAGCCGGCCCUAUCGGGCCUUAAAGCACCCGCUGGACGGCCUGGGCCCGACUCCCCUCGCCGAAGUGCGCAAAGGGAGCUGCUCCUGGCUCUCCUUGGCUCCCCAGGUUUGCUUUCCUUCUUUUCCCGAAGGUAGGCCCUCAGGUCCAGCGCCGUGGAGCCUGCGGCCGCCAGGAAACCCAAAUCCGAGUGUCCAGAGAGUAACCGGAAGUGCCGUCCCUGGCGGAGGGGCGGCGCCGGGGGCUGCCGGGGAGAAGGAAGAAUUGAAUGUUAUGAAUAUUAUGGACUAGAGACCUUGUGGACCCAAAGGAAGACAGUUUUGAGUCUUUGUUGUUACGGGUUGGAAAUACCAAUUAAGGAAUUAGUGUAUAUGAUGCUGGAAACUUGUAGAGACCAACUGCUCAUGACUGAAAGGCUGGAAACAGAUGUAUCUUUCAAGUUCUUAUCAAGAAAAUGACUGUGAAGAAAAUGAUGGGUCAAGAAGACCAGUGGAAAACUCCCUAGGAGAGAGCCAUAGAAAAUGUACACUUCAGAAGAGAGAUAUAAUCAGAGAACUCAGAAAAGGAAAAUAUAUCAUGUAUGCCCUCAGAAGGGUAAAACGAUUUUUAUUCGUGUGCAUGAGAUCACUCAAAUAGAUGAUCAGAUAUACCAGUGCCUUGAACGUGAGCAAAACUUGUGUGAAAACUUAGCUCUUAUUAUGUGUGAGAGAACCCACACUGGGGAGAAACCUUAUAGAUGUGAUAUGUGUGAGAAAACCUUCAUCCAAAGCUCAGAUCUUAUUUCACACCAGAGGAUCCACAAUUAUGAGAAACCUUAUAAAUGCAGCAAAUGCGAGAAGAGCUUUUGGCACCACUUAGCCCUUUCAGGACACCAGAGAACACAUGCAGGUAAAAAAUUCUAUACCUGUGAUAUUUGUGGCAAGAAUUUUGGUCAGAGCUCUGAUCUGCUUGUCCACCAGCGAAGCCAUACGGGCGAGAAACCAUAUCUAUGUAGUGAGUGUGAUAAAUGCUUCAGUCGAAGUACCAACCUCAUAAGACACCGAAGAACUCACACAGGUGAGAAACCAUUUAAGUGUCUGGAGUGUGAAAAAGCUUUUAGUGGGAAAUCCGAUCUUAUUAGCCACCAGAGAACUCAUACUGGUGAAAGGCCCUACAAAUGUAAUAAGUGUGAGAAAAGUUACCGACACCGUUCAGCCUUCAUUGUUCAUAAAAGAGUUCAUACUGGGGAGAAGCCCUAUAAGUGUGGUGCCUGUGAGAAAUGCUUUGGCCAGAAAUCAGACCUUAUUGUGCACCAGAGAGUCCACACAGGUGAAAAGCCGUAUAAAUGCUUGGAAUGUAUGAGAAGUUUUACUCGGAGUGCCAACCUAAUCAGGCACCAGGCAACUCACACUCACACUUUUAAAUGCCUUGAAUAUGAGAAAAGUUUCAACUGUAGUUCAGACCUUAUUGUGCAUCAAAGAAUUCACAUGGAGGAGAAACCACAUCAGUGGUCUACUUGUGAGAGUGGCUUCCUCCUAGGCAUGGACUUUGUUGCCCAACAGAAAAUGAGAACUCAAACAGAGGAACUGCAUUAUAAAUAUAGUGUAUGUGAUAAGAGCUUCCACCAGAGCUCAGCCCUCCUUCAACAUCAGACAAUCCACAUUGGUGAGAAACCAUAUAUUUGUAACAUGGGUGAGAAAGGUCUUGAGCUCAGUCCUCCCCAUGCAUCGGAAGCCUCACAAAUGUCUUGAUCAGACAAGAAGUUACAAUACCAUAAAAAGUGCAUUUGCAUGUCAGAGAACUCAUUGAGAUGAAGAACUCUAGGCAAAUCUUAGACUUUCCUCAGAGCUCAGACUUCAGUGGGGACCAGAAAAUCUGCAAUGGUAGGAAGUUGAGAAGUGGAGUACCCGUAGAGCUGCUCUAACAGAACACCUUAUCAGUUACUCCAAUGAGAAACCUUACAAUGCCCUGAGUUUUGGAAAACCUUUAGUCCGAGCUCAUAUCUGAUCACCCACAAGAGGAUUCAUACAGGUGGGAAACCUUGCAAAUGCAGUGAGUGUCAAGAGCUUUCUAGCAAUGCUCACCACUCCUCAUUCUGAGAGAAUUCCCAUUGGAGGAACUUUUUAAAUGCUCUCAGUGUCAACCUUGCUUCAGACACAUGCACAUCACAUUGGAUGCCAGAAAGCCCACAAUGGGGAGAAACUCCAGCAAGUGUGAAAAAAGCUUCUAACAAAACUAUGACUUUCUUACCCAUCACAGAAGCCAUACUGGUGAAAAUUUGUUUAUUUAUCUUGAAUGUGGCAAAAACAUUAGUUGGAGAGCCUUCUUGGGUUUGUACCAGAAUAACCCAAUCUGAGGAAAGACCUUUCAAAGUCUCUGAAUGAGAAAAGCUUCUGUCAAUGAUCAGCUCUUGUGGUACACCAGGGAACUCACAGAAGUGAAAAACCCCAUUAAUACCUUGAGUCUGAAAAGCCUUGCUAAAAACUUCUACCUUAUUGGGCCCCAAAGAACCUACUUUGAAGAGAAUUUUGCUCUAGUGAGAGAUCUAAUUGUGGACUGUGUACAUAUAAUAGGUAUGAGAAGAACUUUUCUCAUAGUUAGUUGGCCCAUAUGGUAGAGAUGACUUUUAACGGAGUCAAUAUAUGUAAACAAUUUUUUAGAUACCCAGAAGCUUGUUCUGGGAGGAGCUAGAGCAGGUCAGAGUAGGCCUGAUGGGUAACUCAGGUAAAGAUGCUUUUCUUUUAUCUGAACCACUUAAUGAGUGCUUUACUUUUACUUUUUAAAAUUUGGAAAUACAAUAAAGGAAAGGACUGCAACCUUGUAAUAGAAGGUGUGGCAUGUGUUACUGUUGGGGGAAAGGAGUAUAUUGACUUUGCCUCUUUUGAUUUUUUUUUUCUUGUCUAGAAUGGGGACUAGUGUGUUGAUAGUAGCAUGGGAACCUUUUGCUGGUAGUGAAAAGAACUAAGCAACUAAGGAGUAGUUAUCCUAGAUCAAAAGUUUCCCCUUUAGAGGGCCAGCCUCAUAAAGAGGCAGAGUACUCAGCUUUUUACUUAAGUGUGAGCUGAGGCAUACCCUCAAAAGUUUCAUUUCACUAAAAUAUCUUCAGAUAAUCACUGAUAUUUGAAAUUUCAGCUUUAGAGAUUCAUUUCUUUUCAACUCAGAAAUGCAAAUUCCAGGAUAAUAGUUAAGAUGUUGCUAGUAUUCAUAUUUUUAUGAUUUUAUUUAUCACGUCUCUUUCAGUGAUAAGAUAUACUCAUCAGCUCCUUGCACAGUGGUUAAGGGUAGACCGAAAGAAAGGUUUAAGCCUGAGUAGGUACAGAGUAAAACAACAUGAUGCAUUAUUAAUGGAGGAGCUAGACUUUUUGAUUUUGAGUAUCCUGACUCCAAAGCUGGUGUUUUCACUCCAUUGACCUGCUGUUAUAGCAAAUGAAGCCCCAUAAUGAUGUCUAUCAUUUAUUUCAGUUCUGCCAAGGAAAGAGGAUACUUUUAUUCCCAGGGAAAGGAUAGCAGUCAUCACAAUAUAAAGUAUACAUUUGGCUUGGAAAGUAGGUUUCUAAAUACUGGAAGGGAAAAGUAGUUGGCAGAUUCAUCAGAGGUUUAAGGGUAAGCACUUAUCUCCAGCUUAACAGGAUAAUUAUGAUUAUCUUUAACAUUCUCCAGAAAUACUAUAAUUAAUCCAGGGAUCUAUAAAUGGACACUUCUGAGGUUCUUUUCUUCCCUCAGAUUAAAAGACAUUGCAUAUAAAUACUUAAGAUUCCUGCAGUAUCUGGGAUUCUAGACUGGUGAAUAAAUAUUUUGUUGCCGGUCUGAGUCCUCUGGUUUGUCUUAGCAAAUCCCUGAACUUCAUAGUGCUGGCAUUUGAACUCAUGGAGGUAGGCAGCUGCUACCUUGCGUAUGGCUCUAAGCUUUGAUCCUAAUGACUCAUUGAUGAGCUUGAUAAUCUUAGGGUCAGUGGAUAUAGCUCAUAGUGAUAAUAAGGAAUCUGAUUCUAGGGUGUUUUUUCCUUCUUUCUUUUAGAAAACAGAUCCUGGAUGUUUAUUUGAUCUGAUGUGUUUUAGUAAUUUUCAUAAAUAGCUCUUAUACCAUGGAAAGUUAGCCCAUGUGAUAAAACAUACAAGAUGUAUUUGUUUCUCUUUGGUAAAAAUCAUGCCUUUCACUCAUGUAUGUUUGACGGUUGUAAUACUAAAAUAGUAUUGGGUGUAUGGCAUAGUGGUGAUGAAAAUUAGUCCUCAUGGCUACUUAUUAGUCAUUAGAACUCAGAGAAGGAGACAGAGUUGGUAUCAUUGGCAGGGCAAUGACUUGACCCUUCUUUCAACUAAUCUUACUGGUAAUUGUCUCUAGUCUCUAAAUAAAUUAAGAAUGGACCAUCCCUCAGAGAACUUUGGGGGUAUGGAACAGGUCUGAGGGCUUUUAACAGUGGGGAAAAAGGUGUUGGUAUUAUUCAUCUAGCAUAACCUGAGGUUGGAGAGGACCACUUGGGAGCCUGUAACCAAAACUAGAAGGUAACUUCUGGGAUGGAUGGAGGUUCUCUUGAAACAGUGCCAACCUAAAUCUACCUCAGGUAAGUAGUUGGAGUAACUUUUUCAGGAUUUCAGACCAAACGAGACAACUUGUAUCAGUCAAUGUAUUCCUAUGCUUUAAUGUUUUUGUUUUCCCUUAAUUCUUUAAAUAAACAUUUGUUCUGAAAAACUCCA